AUGAGAUCGAGGAUCUUUGCGGAAAAGAAUGUGGACUACAAGCGUGCCGUGGAGCUGUCUCAGGCACUGGAGGCGGCAGAGCGCCACGCGUCCAUGGCAGGCGCGGCCGCGGCGCCGCACGACGACGGCUUGCACCGGAUAGGCGCGGGCGCUGCCGGGGGCUCCAGGGCGCAGGCGGGCGCGCCCCGGCCGCAGCGCGCUUGCCCCCGGUGUUUUAAAAUACGGAUGGCAAGUGUCGGUUUAAGUAUUACAACUGUGAUGUGUGUGGUCAACGGGGCCAUUUAA